CGCAUUCUCAAUUGCCAUACUUCGGUACGGGGCUGUCAAUCUGCUGAGCGACACCUGUCCGUCAGCCUUGCUCGAUGGACCCACUCACAGCCUUGGGUCUUGCGGCAGCUGUGGUACAGUUUGUUGACUUUGGGGUUGAGAUAUUCCACAAGAGCAAAGAAAUUCUACACUCAGCUAGCGGAGCUUCAGUGGAAAAUGCUUCAAUCAAAACUACCACAUCAGACCUGCAGCGCCUGCUCGAGAAAAUCAAGAAUUCCCAGCCGCACAUACCUCCAGGCAGCGACGUACCAGCUGAACAAGUCUCUUUAAACAGCCUCGUAGAGAGCUGUAAUGAGCUAGGCGACGAGUUAGUGAAACUAGUGAGAGAUGUGAGUGCCGGUCCUGGAGCAGGUAAAUGGAAAAGCCUCUCGGCAGCGCUGUCCUCCGUCUAGUCACGGAAACGGAUCCAGGAAACAGCGAAUUUGCUGGAGAGAUAUCAAAAGCAAUUAAACCUGAACAUUUUGGUUUCUUUGAGGCAGAGUGUUAGAGAUUUGACAGUAGAGCAAUCUCAUGGACUCAAGAAGCUUGAUGGAAGUGUACAAGCCGUCGCUAACGGCCAAGAUACAAUCAGCAAAAAUCUUCGGCUACAAACAGACGUUAUUCUUGGCAACUCCGCCGAUCUACAUGCGAAACAAUAGCCAAUCUCCAGCGCGGUAACGAGGAGAUUCUCGAUCAACUCCACCGUCUCCAGCUGGUCAGUCUAGGAAUCAAACUCGAG